AUGUCGUUUAAAGCAGUCAUUACAAACCCAGAAAAACAUGCCCUAUGGUGCCGUAUACUUUACGUUUUAUCCACAAUUGAUGAAGUUAUCAAAAUUACUAUUUCUGAUAAGGAACUGAUUGCAUGGUCUAUCAACUCUACGGAUACCACAUUAUGUCAAAUUCACUUCUCACGGCAGUUCUUCGAGGAGUUCAAUUUCGAGCCGAAUGAAAUAGUCUUUGGAGUUAAUGGUCUUCAGUCAAAAAGAGACGUACAAGGUACUGAUCAGAAACUUUAUUCCUUCCAAAUUAACGGUAGGCAUUUAACUACCAUAUCCAAGAAGCCAGAUAACGAUUCGAUCAGGAACUUCACAAUUGUUCUUAACAACUCGAGCAGUUGCCCCGAAACACUAGUCGAUAGGCUUCUGAUACGUAUGGAAAUGGAGUCAUUAAUUGUUAAGGAAUACUCACCACAGAUAGAUCCUAUCCAGUUUGACCCAAUUAUUAUUGAUCUGAAAUAUAAAAGUCGAUUUUUGGACGUGUUUGGUACAACAGCGAUAACGAGCAACGCAAAUUCACAGUUAGACCCCCGAUUACUUGAGAUAUUUAGAUCUAUUCAACAAGAACUAGAGGCUUCUUUAUUCAACGGGGAAAUAGAAUAUGGGAUACGCCAAAAAGAUCAGUUGACCGAAGCUGAUGAAAUUAACUAUAUUUGUUGUGACCGCAUACUAUUGAGCAACAUUUUAGAUAACGCUACAAAUUCUAUAACUGAGCUUAAAUUGGAAAUAAACCCAAAUAAAUUGAACAUGACAGGAUUUACAAAGGCUAUAUAUGGUAAAGAUAAUGAUCUACUUCGAAAUGCUAUGAGUGUAACCAAUACCAUCAAUACAUUGGAUUUGGAGCAUUCUUGUCUAUUUACAGCUGUCAGUGGUGACCGAAAAAAAGUACAAGAAUCUUCGAAGAGUAUUAUUUUCAAAUUAAAGGAUUUUAAAAGUUUUAUGUCUAUUUCCUCGAAUAGCAAGUCAUUACCAAAUAAUGCUGACAUACUCAAUCUUUGGUUCUGCCGACCAGGAGAUCCUGUUCUAUUCGAGAUGAAGAAAAUGGGCGUUCGAAUGGAAUUAGUACAAACUACUGAUGGUAUUCAAACCAAUAAUUUUGUCCAAGACCAGAAUAUCAGACAAGUUAUUUCACCAAAGAAAGGAACUUUGCAACAAGAGACGAAAGAAAUCAAGAAACAAGAGUAUCCAUUUCGUGACGAGGCGCCAGGUAAAAGCACAAGGGAAAAAAGAAAACUAUUAGAUCCGAAUGUAACAAAACCUUCGUUGCUUCACCCUAGCAAUCCAACUCCGAAACAACUCAAUAUACCACCGAAGCGAGAAUUAUUCGUACAAGAUAUAUCUCAGGGAAAUGUCAAGAGAACUGCAGCCUGCUCUUUACGAGAGGAGGUAACCGGAAAACAGAAUGUGAAAUCGAGAAAAUUGAGAGCGAUGUUUGAACCGCCAUCCGAAUAUGAUCCUCCCGUGAGCCAGAACGAACCUGUGGAUGUACUGAGGAGAAGUCCAGAUAGGAACAUGCUAGCGGAGAGAAGUACCACUACAAUUGGGUGGGGGAAAACAGAUUCUACCAAGGAAUACGUCAAUAUAGAUGCUCGAGAUAUGCUGAAAGAUGAAAAAAUCAAACUGUUACAGCAUGACGUAACCGAAUUGAAGAAACAAUCAUCCCAGGAAGGAAACCAUAUGUCUGAGUUUGGUCCGACACAAGUGACACAACCACGUGGGUUAUUGGAUUGA